AUGGUAAGCGAACAAGUAUCGGAUUAUUCAGACCUUACAGCCGGCCAGUACGAGGGAAAAGUGUUAAAACGUGAGAAGAACUACAAGUGGCAGCCGUACUGGUGUGUGUUGUAUGGCCGUCAAUUGACCUUCUAUGAUGAUAGCCAGAAGAGUCACGUCGCUGGACGGAUUGAGAUUCAGCCUGGAAGCCGAUGUGACAAAGGCCAACCAAAGAGCAAAAUCCCUUGCCUUUCUGAGCUGCUUCAUCGAGACUUUACGAAACUCAAGAAAUACUCACUGAAACUUAAAACCAAGAAGGGGACACAUGUGUUUACAUAUGAAAAUGUGAAGGAACAAACUCGAUGGCAAAUGGCGAUGAACAAUGCAUCACAAAUUAACGCAAGCGGGGUGCGACUUUCGUGGAUACCUACACCAUUCUCGAUGGUGAAUUCACCCGAAGCUGUUCAAAACAAACGCUUAAGUCUAUCACGCACGCCUCGAGACUGCAACUCAAACAAUGCACGAACCUCCGAAGACGUAGAGAUAUCAUUGGAAAAUCGUUCGACACCAAAAAGCAAAGUAAAAUCCAAGCAUGAUGAUACGCAUAACUUAAUUCCUGAAUCUGAUUCGGAAAUGACGGACGGACAUGCCUAUACGAAUCCCAGUCUACAGAAAGAGGUGGUCACCAAAUUAUGA